CCGUGAGUUUACAGGAAGUGUUUUCCUUUUCCAGGCGGUAAGAUACAGCAACCGCUGUUAGCUCCAUGCCACACAGCUGAUAUGAUCCCUUUAGAGAUUUAUAAGCGUCAUUAUUGAUUAGAAAACGAAACUGCGGAGGAAACAUUAGCUAGAACAACAUUUAAAGCGCAGUAGCAUGCUGGACGUGGGGAAGUGGCCAGUGUUUGCACUCCUUCCUCCUGAGGAACUACGGCUUAUCCGGCAAGCUUGUGUCUUUGGCAGUGCUGCAAAUGAAGCUCUUUAUGUCACAGUUAAUGAUGAGGUCUUCGCUUUGGGCACCAAUUGCAGCGGCUGUUUAGGACUCGGAGACCUUCAAAGCACGAUUGAGCCGCGCAGGAUUGAUGAAUUGUGUGGAAAGAAGAUUGUGUCCCUCAGCUAUGGAACAGGGCCCCAUGUGGUUAUCGCCACAGCAGAUGGUGAGGUGUUGGCCUGGGGUCACAACGGCUACAGCCAACUGGGAAAUGGGACCACCAACCACGGUCUGACCCCUGCCCUGGUGUCAACCAACCUUCUGAACAAGAGAGUGACAGAAGUGGCCUGUGGCUCCCACCACACCAUUGCCCUCACCAGUGAUGGAGAGGUGUUUGCGUGGGGUUACAACAACUCGGGCCAAGUGGGUUCUGGUUCUACAGCCAAUCAGCCGACGCCGCGCCGGGUCAGCAGCUGCCUGCAGAAUAAAGUGGUGAUCAACAUAGGCUGUGGCCAGCUCUGCUCUAUGGCUGUUUUGGACAAUGGAGAGAUCUACGGUUGGGGCUACAAUUGCAACGGACAGUUGGGUUUGGGCAACAAUGGAAAUCAGCAAACCCCCUGCAGGAUCGCAGCCCUCCAAGGAAUCAACGUAGUCCAGGUAGCAUGUGGCUAUGCACACACGCUGGCGCUUACAGAUGAAGGGUUUGUUUACGCCUGGGGAGCCAACUCUUAUGGACAGUUGGGAACGGGCAAUAAAAGUAAUCAAGCUCUUCCCACCUUAAUAAAUACAGACAAAGAGAGGAUGGUGGAGGUAGCUGCUUGUCACACCAGCCACACGUCAGCAGCCAAGACGCAGAGCGGUCAGGUUCUGAUGUGGGGUCAGUGUCGAGGUCAGGCUGUGUCGAGCCCACACCUCACCCACUUCGGUACCACUGAUGACGUGUUCGCCUGCUUUGCCACGCCGGCGGUUACGUGGCACCUCCUCUCAGUGGAUGGUGAUGACCACAUGACAGUCGCCCAGUCUUUGAAGAAGGAGUUUGACAGCGCAGAGAUUUCUGACCUCAAGUUCUUGGUUGAUGGGAAGUGCAUUUAUGUCCACAAAGCCUUGCUAAAGAUCAGGUGUGAACAUUUCCGAACGUUGUUGAACGAAACCGACGAAGACACCAUAGAAAUCCAUCAGUUCUCCUACCUGGUGUACAGAGCCUUCCUGGAGUAUCUCUACACAGACACUAUCAACCUGCCACCAGAGGACGCUAUUGGGCUGCUGGACUUGGCCACGUUCUAUCGAGAGACGAGGCUGAAGCGGUUGUGUCAGGAAACGAUCAAGAGAGGCAUCUCUGAGGAGAACGCCAUCACUCUGCUGUCUGCCGCCGUCAAGUAUGAGGCGCGGGACCUGGAGGAGUUCUGCUUCAAGUUUUGUGUCAACCAUCUAACAGCUGUCACGCAGACACAGGCCUUUGCAGACAUGGAUCAUGACCUGCUCAAGAACUUCAUUAGUAAAGCCAGUCGCUACGGGGCCUUCAAAAACUAGACCAGCUCCAUGGCGACGGAUUUAAGACGUGUGCUUUAAUCCCAACGAUUUGAGUCAACCAAAGUAAACACCCAGCUCUUGAAAGACCAGUGUACCGAAGAGACGAACAGUUUAAGGUUUCAUCCGCUCCCUGAUGCUGCUGUUUUACUUCUCUAAACCUUGUCAAAACACCGGGAGGUGAAGGGUAAAUAUUGGGUUACACUGCUAAUCCCAUUGUAAGUGGGCGGUGCAGGGGCUAAACAAGACAAUGUGCCACGGAGGUCCUCAGCCUGUCGUUGUGUUGCUGACAACACAAGACUGUGUUCGUUUAACCAUACAAGUGAAGGAUGACUUUCAAAACAAAAGUAAAUAUGCGAGAAGACUUGUUAUUGAGCAGCAUGUUACUCCAAGUGAUCAGUGACCAACUAAUCUUGUGACCAACAUUCAGUCAACGGAUGUUUCAUUUUUACGUUUUCUGUUGGGCACACGAGGUUUAUCUUGUUUUGUACACUAAUAUAAAUCAUAUAGAGAGCCUAUUGGUGAUUAGGAAACCGCUUCGUCACAUAUAUGGUCCAGUAAAGCAGCUCGGACUGUUGUUUACAGAACUCUUGAACGAGUGCUUCAUAGCUGGAUGGACGGUGGUCCACAAGUCGAGCAGCAGCUUCAGGAUAAAGUUGCCUUUUAGUCUGUGAAGGAAAAAGCAGAUUUAAAAUAAAAAAACAAUGUUGAGCUCAUUUAAAUAUUUAUUACAGUAACUGUCCCUUUCUCCUAUUGAACUUUUUGAUUCUUCAAAGUUUUUUAAGCAUGAACUUGCUGCUCCUAGAUGAUAUUUGGUUGGGCACCUUUGGUCUCUGAAGACUUCGGCUGUGUUUGAUUUGUCGUAGUUGUUAAUCUUACUGUUUGUUGUUUUAGUCAUAAUUUGUCACAAUGCCACCCAAGCCUCUAUCAGUUGUGUUUACUAAGUGUUUAGUUUUUUCAGAAGGUUUUUAGUUCAAAUGAUGCCGUCUGCGGAUGAAGACUUGUGCGAUUUUUAAAGAUAAAACUAGCAUUUCGCUUUUCUUCUAAACCGGUUUGUUUACACUUUUUUGGGAUUAUUGUUUACUAAUUAGCAGCAAACGUUGGUUCUUUUUACAAGGAUUUUUAAAAAUGUAUUGUUUCUGUUUUGCACAUUAAAGUCACUAAACAGCA